AUGUCUCUCAGUCCUGGCAAUAGUACCGGGGAUGGUAUGUCGGAUGUUCUUGCAGGGUAUCAGGGAUCUGAUUAUAAGAACGAGACCGACGCUUUGGUGCGAAUCGAGACGGCCAACGAGAGCAAUUAUGAGGAGCACACGGAUGCUUCAACAGAACAUGACAUGAAGCCGCUGCCUCUUGCCCUUCGAUCCAGAAGUAGCCAUGCACAAGGGUCGUCCGAUGAGCUGUCCUUCAAGUCUUGUACCGAUCUGCCGGAUGUCUCUUCAGAAUCGAUACCAUCCGAGCCAGGGAAAGAAGACAUCAAAGCGUCUUCCAUAUGCGCCAUUGACUUUGCGCCGCAGCGAGAUGCGGUAACGAAGGAAGCAGACACUCACUCUUUUGCGACUGGUGUGCACCCUUUCCGUGCUAGUUUCGCACCUCCGCCUCGACUCCAAACGUCCAACCUAGGAACGGUGAUCUUGAAUCAGGGCAGGACGAUUGUGGAGGCACCCUUGUCCAAGCCCCCUUCUGCUAUGCUUCGCAAACAGCCUCCUAUACCGCGUCGAGAAUCCAGCUUUUCUAUCGUAGCGAGCAAAUUGCGGACUAGCUCCAAGCAGAGCAUGAAGCAAGGCUCGAUAUCGGUAUCUGGCUCGUCAUCCACGCUGGGCACUACGCACCAGGGGCCAGCGGUACCGCCCCGAGAGUCAAGCACUUCCAAGGAGGCCCAACGUGUGCACGCCGCAGUCUCGUUUUUGAUGCGUCCACUACCGUUGCGCUUUGCCAGGUCUCGGAAGUAUACUGACCAAGAGGAGCUACCGAAGUCAGAUGAGACGGUCCCAUCUGCUUCCAGUUCGAGUCAAGACACGGACGGCGUUAUCAGUCUCAAUGAGAUGACCAGCUCACCGCCGCCCGCCAUGGAGGUAAAGAAGACGCCGCAAGCACCGUCGACCAGGCCAAAAGGUGUACCUGUUGCGAAGACGCGAGCUAUCAGCUUCGACACUCCGAAAGCUUGCAACCCAUCCAAGAUGCCCGGUAGUAGCCCGGCUCCUGUUGCGCAACCAAUCGACAGCCCGGUUCCUGCGAUUUUGGAGCCCUCCUCUGUGUACUCGAUCCAUGACACCUCCUCAGGCUCAUGUGUAGACUCCGCGGAUGGACUUCCGGUAGCCCAAGAGCCUGGCCAUCGUGACAGCCAGACUACGACACACCUCGAUUGGAAUGGAUAUAGGCCUUCCUCCCACGGUGGUGGCCUCCAGCAGGUGUCGCUACGCCCUCUGAGCGGUGUUGGAAAUCUAUUGAAUUCUUUGGGAUCGGGUCCUUUGUCCAACAUCCAAGAGAAUACUACGACCGACCUCAGAUUAUCCGGAUAUAGGUAUCCUGGCCCUACGCGUUAUCUGCCUGACCUGAAGGAGGAGUCGCAUGAAGACUCGAGCCUCAACACGAGUGCCAGCAACCUGAAGAGCUCGAGUUACCGCUUUCCGUUCGGCGCGCCGUCGGGGGUCAGGGCUUCGGGAGAGGAACCGAUCAACUUCUCGGGAAGGUCGUCUAUAGCGUCGCAUCGUCGGAGUGCUGUUGGUAGCAACGUGGGCAGCGCGCUCGGACAGGCACACGGUUUGCCUUCGAUGCGGUUUAGUCGGAUGAAUCUGUUCGAUGGUUUGACCGAGGACCUUGGCCUUCGCUACUCAAGGUCAAUGGAAGAGGUGCCCAAUGCGUCGCAGAGGGUGAGCAGAGGUAGUCCGCGGCCUGCAUCAGCGGGUGAUGUCACGGACCUGCGCCUUUCUCUCGCCGAAUUGAAUGAAGCGGAGCGCUCGGGGUUGUCAAUGCAGCCUACCGCCAUGAUCAACUUGUUCGCGAUGCACCGUGCUCGUUCACCGGAGCUCAUGGCAGAGAUUGAGCGGCUGACCAUACCUUCUGUCGGGGGGCUUACCCAGCGCCUCUCAGAGAUCUUCCCGUCGUUGAGGGAAUACUACAAGUGCGGUGAGCCAGCCGAGUUUCCGAUUGAGGAGGAGAUGGAGAAGCACGCAUUGGAGGAGAUCCACGAGAUCCAUCCGACGCAGAAGCGCUCGUCUGCUCGACUUCGCCCCAUGCGUGGCGUCUCGCACAUGGUUGUUAUCGAAGACGAUCUGUAUGACGAGAUCACAAGCAAAGAGAGGGGAUGUGGCAGUCCAGGCAGUCCAGGCCGUCCUGACGAUGGAGUCGGUGUAAACGGCGCUAGCGAGGCAGACUCAAAUACAGGCAGGCCCUCCAAGGACGACGACGCACCGAGCACACCAACAUACGACAAGACGACUCCGCUCCCAGAGCUGCGAGUCCCAUCACCAGCUGUUCUCCGUCCGCGCUCUCACACCGUCGGCCCUCAAGAGCUUCGCAUCUCAGGGGAGUCCGCUCUUUCCACAGCCACAGCUUCCCCGUUCGGAUCACCGGCCGAUAGCACCGCACACGCGCGUCAUCACCGCUUCAGCACCUUUGGCCGCAACAGCGACCAGCCACACGCAGUCGGUGAACGCUACCCCACCUCUGCCCUGUCACCUCCUACAGCUAUCUUCCGCGACCACCUGUCAGCCUCUGACACUUCUGACGACGAGCACUACGACACCACACGCAAGACUAGGCUCUCGCUCCGUAAGCGCUUUUCGUCAACUCGCAAAGCUACGCUUGACAGCCAAUCAAACACUCGAGCUGGUCGAAGCAAGACCAACGCACAAGACCUCGCCUCGCCCGAGUCGACCAAGCAGUCAACAACCUCAUUCCUCCAAGAUCGUGCCGGUGAAGCUCAAGCUUUCACGUCAUCCACCACCGCCAACCGCCAUACCUUCCGUGACGCGGAGGGCAUGAGAGCAGUUGACUACCGCAAACACCGCAUCAUCGACUGCCUCAAGACCUGGUGGCACAAGGGCUCGCACCUGAUCCCCAUCAUGUCUGACACCCCUCCUCAACCCCUCUUCGCCCUCGGACCGAACAACACUAUCCGCUAUAUCGAGCGUCGCGUGUUCCCCUCGGUCCCUCCUGCAAACCCCCCUACCUCACCCCCUGCCCCCACCAACACGCCUGUCAACACCAACGGCAAUGGCAACACCAACGGCAACGGCAAUGGCACCGGUUAA